AUGUCUAUUUCCCUCUAUGAAAAGCAAGAAAAACUAGGAGAGGGAUCAUACGGCGUGGUUUACAGAGCUACUGAUACUAGAGAUAAAUCAACUGUUGCUUUAAAAAUACUAAAAAUCGAUAAUUUGGAAGACGGAGUUCCAUCAACAUUACUUCGCGAAAUAUCUAUCCUCAAAACACUUAACCAUAUUAAUAUAAUCGGUCUUAAGGAUGUGUGCACAUCAUCAUUACCUAUAUUCUUAGCAUUCGAAUACAUGGAUUCGGAUCUAAGAACUUUAUUAAAUCAUAUUAGGAGACCUUUGAAGGAAAGCAUUAUCAAAUCAUAUGCAUUCCAGCUAAUUGCUGGAAUAAAUUUCAUUCAUUCCCAUAGAAUUAUACAUCGCGAUAUCAAACCUGAUAAUCUCUUACUAAGUAAGUCGGGUUUACUUAAAAUAUGUGAUUUUGGUAUGUCAAGAUACUUUACAGUUCCAAUGAGGCCAUAUACAAAGGGAGUUGUUACGCUUUGGUAUAAAGCGCCUGAAUUAUUAGUUUCAACUCCAUACGAUUUAUCAAUCGAUAUGUGGAGUGUUGGAUGUAUCAUCUAUGAAAUGGCUACUGGAUCACCCUUAUUUCCUGGAGAUGGCCAUAUUGACCAACUCAUGAAGAUAAUUAGCAUUUUAGGAACUCCAACAGAAGAUGCUUACCCAGGAUUUUAUAAUAAAGUAAAGAAUGAGCUUGGUUUCGAUAUGCCAAAUGUUGAAAGAGUUGGUUUGGCCCGUGAAUUCGGUGAUAAGUGUGAUUAUGCAAUGAUUGAUUUAAUCGAAAAAGUUCUUGUAUAUGAUCCAGCAAAGAGACUAAGUGCUAAAGAUGCACUCAAUCAUCCAUACUUCAAUGACAUAUCAAUUGACAUGCGCCAUGCAUGUGUUGGAAUUACCAACGAUGAUUAA